AUGACGCCGGAGAACUCUGCGGUCGUGAAUAAAGAGAUCAAGGGGAGGUGGGCCGGGUGGAUGAUUUCGCAGCAGUUGGAGUUCACGGUUGAGGGCAACCCCGUCUGCAUGAACGUUAACAUGUCCGGGUCCAGCCUCCUGUUCGCGGUCCACUACGAGGGCAUGAACGUGAUCCAUGAUCAUGACGCCCGACUCCAUCAACGCGCUCUCGUCCUACUCCAAGGGCGUGUGCAUGAAGAUGAAAAUGACCUUGUCCUUGAUCUGCUACUCGUCCACGAAGCUGAAGAUCCAGGUGCCCGUGCACACGUCCAGAGCCUCGGCCCUGACCUUGUACGGCAACGGCUCCAUGCAGAUCUGCGGCUCCCCGAACGACAUCGAGGCUCUCUGCGCGUGCACGAACGAGAUCAUCAAGACGGUCGUGAACACGGAGCCGGUCGCAUUUUUGAAGACGAUGAGGAGGGCGGACGUCCACGAGCUCUAGGGCACGGGAUCGAAGCUGGUCGAAAACUAGUCGCUGACGCCGGUCAUGACCGUCUUGCCGUACUCGUUUGUCGUCAUGAGCCUGUUCGUCAACUCGGUCGUGAUGAUGAGGACGUGCUUGUAGGGCCAUUUCGGUCUGCUGGAGUUCUGGGUGAUGACCUUGAUCUGCAUUGGAGAAAAAAGGCGCGGGAUAUUCCGGUACAUGCUCUCUACGAAACCUACACGGAGGACGUAUCACUUUUCCUGAAUUUCCUCACAUUCUUCUUGCCAAUGGCGUCUGCGGAUAACGCCUUCCGAGAUUACGCCUCAGUAGGAGACAUCUUAGAUCGGGCCGACGCUUACACCAAGGCCAUUCCCUCGGGGAACAAGAUAUUGGAAGUGAUUCAUUUUACAGAGAGCGUCCAUGAGAUACCAGUCUUCCGGCAAUACAGAGAGCUUCACGUGGAGAAAUACACAGACAAGGCUCGAGGGGCAGACGCAUUUGGAAAGGCGCUUGUUGAGCUGGGUCACCGCAGUGGCUACACACGAAAUAUCACGAUUCGUUCCUGCCGCAGAUGGGCACUUAUGGAAGCAGAUAAAGGGCAUUCAAAGUCUGCAAGGAUGAGAUUCGCGGGGCAGACUAACAGAGAUACUUACGGAAGGUUCUAUGCCCAUCCGGUUAGCGGAAUAGACGGACCAGCAAACUACCUUGGGGUUACCAGCCGAAGCGAGCAUAUUCAAAACCGCCGCGGAAUGGGAAUAUACCAGGAUUCGCACCUUCUCCAGUCUCUUCCCGCUAAGGCAGAAUUUGAGUUCCAGGAUCGAAGUGAUGUUCGGGCCCUUGAUGAAGAAUUGCGCUCUCUAAGCGCACAACCAUUGUCUCCGACAACACCUGUGCAGAAACACGAGAUUCAGAUCAAGCAAAAGCUCGUAUAUAGCAAGAAGCGAUGGCUUUAUAAAGAGGAGCUCAACAGGAUCCGAGGGACACAAUCCAACAAGCUAAAGACCCCCAACGAGAACCAAGCCACAGUCCAUAAUGAAACCCUUUUCUACUAUAGGCGAAGGGUUAUGCCACAGAGAGACCUUUUAGCUAAUAUUUUCCCUCGCGAGAUUUCACUACGACACCAGGAUGGGAGGAGAGCAAUAGAGGCAUUGGAAUCUCUGUGCAAAGAUAAAUGCCCUGUUGCUUAUCGAGCCAGUAUCCGGCCCCGAUGUGGAAAAUGCCCCUGUGGAAAGCCGAUUGAUGGAUGA